CCGUGGCGGUAAUGUUAUGGAGUUUUCUUUCCCUGGUGCAUUAGGAGUUAAAUGGAGGAAAUGUGAGCCGCGCUACAUAAUUCUGACUUUUUACUCUUAAUGAGGUUCAGUUAUUAAGAACCUGAUUAUUAAAGUAUCAGAAGCGAGAGCUGGAGAGAGCGGCGCAGAAAUGGUGGUUCUUAAAAUCAGAGAUCAGCCUCCUCUGCUCAAAGCGAUAUUUAACGUGGACCCUGAUGAGGUGCGCUCGCUCAUAUUCAAGAAGGAGGACGUGAACGUUCAGGAUAACGAGAAGAGGACUCCUCUACACGCCGCGGCCUACCUGGGAGACGCCGAGAUCAUCGAGCUUCUGAUCUUAUCAGGGGCGAGAGUAAAUGCCAAAGAUAAUAAGUGGUUGACUCCUCUGCACCGGGCCGUGGCUUCAUGCAGUGAGGAGGCGGUGCAGGUCCUGCUGAAGCACUCCGCCGACGUGAACGCCCGCGAUAAGAACUGGCAGACACCGCUGCACGUGGCCGCGGCCAACAAAGCCGUGCGCUGCGCCGAGGCGCUGGUGCCUCUACUCAGCAACGUGAACGUGUCGGACCGGGCGGGGCGCACCGCCCUGCACCACGCGGCCUUCAGCGGCCACCUGGAGAUGGUGAGAUUGCUGCUCUCCAGAGGAGCCAACUUUAACGCCUUCGAUAAAAAGGACCGGCGAGCCAUCCACUGGGCGGCGUACAUGGGUCAUCUGGAGGUGGUGAAGCUGUUGGUGUCGCACGGCGCCGAAGCCGCGUGUAAGGACAAAAAGGCCUACACGCCCCUGCACGCGGCGGCCUCCAGCGGCAUGAUCAGCGUCGUCAAGUACCUGCUGGACCUGGGAGUGGAUAUCAACGAGCCCAACGCGUACGGGAACACGCCGCUGCACGUGGCCUGCUAUAACGGCCAGGACGUGGUGGUGAACGAGCUGAUCGAGAGCGGCGCCAACGUCAAUCAGGUCAACGAGAAGGGAUUCGCUCCUCUGCACUUCACGGCGGCGUCGCGGCACGGCGCCCUCUGUCUGGAGCUGCUCGUGGGGAACAGCGCCGACGUCAACAUCAAGAGCAAGGACGGGAAAACGCCGCUGCACAUGACCGCCAUCCACGGGAGGUUCUCACGAUCUCAGGCCAUCAUUCAGAAGGGUGCCGAGAUCGACUGUGAGGACAAGAACGGGAACACGCCCCUGCACAUAGCCGCGCGAUACGGACACGAGCUCCUCAUCAACACGCUCAUAACCAACGGAGCCGACACCUCCAAGCGGGGGGUCCACGGCAUGUUUCCUCUGCACUUGGCCGCUCUGAGUGGAUUCUCAGACUGCUGCCGGAAACUUCUGUCCUCUGGCUUCGAUGUCGACACGCCGGACGACUUCGGAAGGACGUGCUUACACGCCGCGGCGGCCGGCGGGAACCUGGACUGUCUGAACCUUCUGCUGAACACGGGGGCGGAUUUUAAUAAGAAGGACAGUUUCGGGAGGACGCCUUUGCACUACUCAGCAGCGAACUGUAACUAUCAGUGCCUCUUCGCCAUGGUGGGUUCGGGCGCCAGCGUCAACGACCUGGACAACCGGGGCUGCACGCCGCUCCACUACGCCGCCGCCUCCGACUCUGAUGGAAAGUGCCUGGAGUAUUUGUUGAGGAACGAUGCUAACCCAGGGAUUCGAGACAAUCAGGGCUAUAACGCGGUGCACUACGCCUCAGCGUAUGGACAUCGGCUCUGUCUGGAGCUGAUUGCGAGUGAAACUCCUCUAGACGUGCUGAUGGAGACGUCAGGGACCGACAUCCUGAACGAUUCAGACGUACGAGCUCCCGUCAGCCCGCUUCAUCUCGCCGCGUACCACGGGCACCACCAGGCGCUGGAGGUGCUGGUUCAGUCUCUGCUGGAUCUGGACGUCAGGACGGCGCAGGGUCACACGCCGCUGGACCUGGCCGCUUUUAAAGGUCACGUGGAGUGUGUGGAUGUUCUCAUCAACCAAGGAGCCUCAAUCCUGGUGAAGGACUUCACCCAUAAACGCACGCCCAUCCACGCCGCAGCUACGAACGGGCACUCGGACUGUCUCCGGCUCCUGAUCGGGAACGCCGACCUGCAGAGCGCCGUGAAUAUUCAGGACGGGAUCGGACAGACUCCUCUGAUGCUGGCGGUGUUGAGUGGACACACGGACUGCGUUUAUUCUUUACUCAAUAAAGGAGCCAACGUGGAAGCCAAAGAUAAGUGGGGUCGCACGGCUCUACACAGAGGGGCGGUGACGGGUCACGAGGAGUGUGUGGAGGCUCUGCUGCAGCACAGCGCCAGCUUCAUGGUGCGGGACUGUAAGGGGCGCUCUCCCGUACACUUGGCCUCCGCCUGCGGUCACGUGGGGGUUUUGGGAGGCCUUCUGCACGCCGCCCAGUCCCUGGAUUCCGUUCCUGUUAUUACAGACCAUCAUGGAUACACACCUCUGCACUGGGCCUGUUAUAACGGUCACGACACGUGUGUUGAAGUGCUGCUGGAACAGGAGGUGUUUCAAAAAGCCGAGGGGAACAGCUUCAGCCCCCUCCACUGUGCUGUAAUAAACGAUAACGAGGGAGCAGCGGAGAUGCUGAUCGACACGCUCGGACCCACCAUCGUUAACGCUGCCGACUCUAAAAACAGGACGCCGCUUCACGCUGCCGCCUUCACCGAUCACGUGGAGUGCCUGCAGCUCCUGCUGGGUCACGACGCCCAGGUGAACUGCGUCGACUCGGCCGGCAAGACGCCGCUCAUGAUGGCCGCCGAGAACGGCCAGACGAACGCCGUGGAGCUGUUGGUGAGCAGCGCUAAAGCGGAUCUGACCCUGCAGGACGCCAACAAAAACACCGCGCUCCACCUGGCCUGCAGCAAGGGACACGAGACCAGUGCCUUGAUUGUUCUGGAGAAGAUCACGGACCGAAAUCUCAUCAAUUCCACCAACGCAGCUUUACAAACGCCGCUGCACGUGGCCGCCAGGAACGGACUAACGGUCGUGGUACAAGAGCUUCUGGCCAAGGGUGCGAGCGUGCUGGCUGUCGAUGAAAACGGCUACACGCCCGCGCUGGCCUGCGCCCCCAACAAAGACGUGGCAGACUGCCUGGCGCUCAUCCUGGCCACCAUGAUGCCCGUCUCUCCCGGCAGCGGCUCGGCGCCCGGCCUGGCGUUCAGCGCCGUCAACCAUUACGCCAGCCCCGCCAAGAGCGCCACCUUCGACAGCCUGCCCAUGCUGCGCAGCGGGCACAGCUCCUACUGCAGCUUCAACAGCAUCGGGCACCAGCACGGCUUCUAUAAGGACGACGAGCUGAACGACUCGGACUCGGAGACCUACUGAGAGAGUGUGUGUGGGUGGGGCGGGGGGGCAGCCUGAGCCACUGUACUGAGCCUUAAGAGUCACACACACACGGCUGGCACCGCCCCGCCCCGCCCCUCCGUCUGCCCAUCUCCACCAGCACCGGAGAUGCCCUUCUGACGCCUCUCCGUGGCAAUAAAGCUGAUCGGAUCGCCAGCGUGCGACCGCAGGACCGACGUUUUGCCGCCGUGGGCGAGGGCGGGUUUCCAAAUUGUACGUGGGCGAGGCGAGAGGCGUGGCAGAUUUAAGUGGUGCGCUGUUAACUUUUGCAGUUGCGAAUUUACACAGAGGGCGAAAAAGAUGAUUUAUUUUUUAAAACGGGAUUUUAAUACAGGUCUGUGUCAAAAAAUAAUAAUUCAAUAAAUAAUUCAAUAAAUAAAAAGAUUUUUUUUUUUGUCUAUUUUCGGAUCUGAAGUGGGUCGAGGGUGAAGAAAAUAAACAUCGUCGUGUUUAAAGCGUUAAAAGCGACGGGCGUGACUACAGUGCUCAGAAAUAAAAUAAUGCUCAUUUUUAUCUGAUGUAUUUAUUUUUAAUUUUCGCGUCUCUCGUCGUCUUUCGUGCCUUGGCGUGUUCGCCGCCCGGACGCAGCAGAGCGGGCGCGCCCCCGGAGCGAAGGGGGCGAAACACUACGUCUGUGAAAAGCACUGAAAAGCGCGGACUGAAGCGACCGGCUCCCAGCAUGCUUUGCUCCCCAUGAAGAACACUGUGGAUGUGGACACGCUGUACGCUGAAAUCUCACGUGAUAGGUCCUAUAUUUUUCUGGCUCGUAUCUAUUUUUGGCUCGGCCUCGAUUAGCUAACCUAACGGGACGAUCGGGAACCGGACGCGUCUUGGAGUCAUCCCGCUGGCUGAGCGUCGCCCGGUCGGCGUGAGGGGUGUCUGUGUAUUUUAUGGUUGAAUAAAUAAAGAAACGUGAUUUCA